AUGGAUAAGGGAAAGAACUCGGAGGCCGGAACGAGCAGCAGUGAGUUAUCAACAAUUGACUAUGAGGUCUUCUUAAGUUUCAGAGGGCCGGAUACUCGCCAAGGAUUCACGGAUUGCCUUUACCACGAAAUGCAAGAAGCUAACAUCCGUGUUUUCUUCGAUGAGGAAGAGCUCCACGUCGGUAAAGAAAUAGCUGAUGAACUACCAAUGGCUAUCGAAAAGUCGAAGAUCUAUGUACCAAUCUUCUCCAAGGGUUAUGUUUCGAGUCCUUGGUGCCUUCGCGAGCUUGAACACAUGGUGGGGUGCACAAAUACCAAACCGUCUGAGAAGGAAAUCAUGCCGAUUUUCUACAACGUGAAACCUUGCGAUGUUAAGCUUAUGUCUCAACUGUACGUCCGUGAUUUGAAGAAGCAUGAAAAGAAGUUUGGCCGCCAGACGAGGCAAAAGUGGGAGGAUGCCCUCAAAAGUGUAGCUAAAAUCAAAGGAUGGGAAUUGAAAAGCCAAGGGUAUGUGGUGUCCUACCGUUCUCCGUGA